AUUUGCAACUUUAAUGUCGACCGUCUUCUUCUAUAUAUUAACCAAAACCCAAAACCACAAGAGAGACACAAUGGCUUCAACAAAACCGGUUAAUCGCCCAUCGGUUAGGCACCCGAGUCACAACCAUCCACUGCGUGUUUGUAAAGUCCGAGGCGAAGAUGAGAUCAUCUGCUCCGGAUGCGAGCUCGAGCUAACCGGACAUGCUUUCAAGUGUACCAAAUCAGACUGCGAUUACUUCUUGCACAAGUCAUGUUUCGACCUACCCCGUGAAAUCGACCACAAGUCUCACCCUGAACACUCUUUAACCCUUCUUCAUUCUUCACCGUAUGGUCAACCUUACACAUGCGAUGCUUGCGGUGAAUACGGGUCUGGAUUCACUUACAACUGCUCUGAAUGUCAAUACGAUGUUCAUGUCGGAUGUGCGUUUAUCCCUGAGACCGUGAAGCGCGAAGUUCACGAACAUCCACUCACUCUUCUCUACAACACACCAUGCAAAGGUCGUGAGGAUGGUGCGAUGUUCAUAUGUGACGUCUGUGAAGAAAAUAUGUCGGAGAAUCUUUGGGUUUAUUACUGCAAAGAAUGUGAUUAUGGAACACAUGUGCAUUCUUGCCCGGUUUAUGAAGCUCACGAGCCAAAGAACAGAGGAGGAGGAGAAGCAGAGGCGAGUUUAGAAGCUUUAAGGAUGCAGUCGGUGAUGGCAGCUCGAGAUGAGCUGGCGGCGAUGCAUAUUAGAAAUCAGAUAAAAAACUCCGUGAUCCAGUUUGGGGAUGAACCGAGAUAUAAAUGGGUUUAUGAUUAAAAAACCAUGUUGAUAUGAUGCCUUGACGAAUCUUGUGGUUCGUUUUUUACGUGUGGGUUUGUUUGUUGUAAAAGUUAUUUUCAUGUAAUUGUAUCUUUAAUCGUUGGGCAUGCGAAUAAAAGAUAAACAUACAGACAAA